UCUAGCUCUGAAUUUACUCAAUUCAACCAACGCCAUAUUAAUUCUACAGUUAUGAAUCGUAUGAAACGCCAUAUUAGUAUUUAACUCGAUCGUUUCGUCAUCAGUCGCAGAGAGUAACCGAGCGAAAUGGAUCAAAUCGGGAAGAACAAGAAGGCUUGCGUUGUGGGAGGAACUGGGUUCGUCGCUUCUGAGCUCGUUAAGCAGUUGCUCCUCAAGGGAUAUGCUGUUAAUACAACUGCUCGAAAUCCAGAUGAUCGCAAAAAAAUAUCCCAUCUCGUAGAACUGCAAAAAUUGGGAGAAUUGAACAUAUUUGGAGCAGAUCUGACGGAAGAAGACAAAUUUGAUGCCCCUAUAGCUGGCUGUGAACUCGUCUUCCAUGUUGCUACUCCUGUGAACUUUGCUUCUGAAGAUCCUGAGAAUGACAUGAUCAAACCAGCAACCCAAGGCGUAUUGAAUGUCUUGAGAGCAUGUGCACGAGCAAAAGCAGUUAAACGAGUGAUCUUGACAUCUUCAGCAGCCGCUGUCUCAGUAAAUGCAUUAGAAGGGACUGGUCUAGUUAUGGACGAAAACAAUUGGACUGACGUUGAUUUUUUGAGCACUGCAAAACCACCUACUUGGGGAUAUCCUGUGUCCAAAGCACUAGCAGAGAAGGCUGCAUGGAAAUUUGCCGAAGAAAAUCAUAUAGAUCUCAUCACUGUGGUACCUACGACGAUCGGCGGUGCUUCUCUGACUCCAGAAAUCCCAGGCAGUCUUGGUCUGACCAUGUCCCUAAUUACAGGCAAUGAUUUCCUCAUAAAUGCUUUGAAAGGCAUGCAGCUGUUGUCAGGUUCAAUAUCUCUCACUCAUGUGAAGGAUGUUUGCCGAGCACACAUAUUUUUGGCCGAGAAAGAAUCAGCUUCUGGUCGAUACAUUUGUUGUGCUCACAAUACAAGUGUUCCUGAGCUUGCAAAGUUCCUUAACAAACGAUAUCCUCAGUACAAAAUCCCAACCCAAUUUGAUGACUUCCCCCCGAAGGCCAAGUUGGUGAUCUCUUCAGAGAAGCUUAUCAAAGAAGGGUUCAGUUAUCAGUUUGGGUUAGAACAGAUCUACGACGAGACUGUGGAGUACUUCAAGUGUAAAGGAGCCCUUAAAAUUUGAAUUAGUAGAGGUUCAAAGCUCUAGCAGAAGCUCCACUAGUUAUAAUAAUGUAAUGAUGGUAAUAAUCUGGACCGGCUGUUCACUACGAUGUAUACUGAACUGAACUAGUAUUUUUAUAUAAUGGGAUGCUACUCUUCCACCU